ACCCCUUUUGCUUGGUAAGCGGUCGGUGUGUUCGGUAGUGGUUUCGGUUUGCAUUGGGUUCGGGAGUUCGGUGGGAUCGGUCAGGUUGGCUUCGGUUCGGGAUUUCGGUGGGAUCGGUCGGGUUGGCUUCGGUCCCAUAAGGUAUACUACUAAAAUUUGUAAAAGUCUACAUUCCGAAAUCAAAUUCAAUUUUAAUUUUGCUCAAUAAAAUUAUAACCAGUUAAACAUCAUUUUUUCUUUCUAUCCAAAACUCGUUUUAAGUAUAACUCCUUUUAAUUUAAUUCAAAAUUGUUCCUUAUGGGAUGACAUGGGCACUAGUGGGGUUCAAAUCCUUGCUCGGAGGCAGAUGGGUUUAGAGAAACAAGGGCUGUGUACUACGGUGCCUGGAUCAGUGAUGAGUGACAAGACUCACAAGAGCUUCAGUUGUGUCUGUUUGUUUGUCUGUUAUGCUUGCAAGUUAAAACUAUUAUCGUUAAAUUUUAUUAAAAGGUGACUUGUUUGUGUCACUAAAUAUGUUUGGUUGCAAAUUGACCCCACAAUUCAGCACCGGAAAACAAUGACUUUGCACCCACUUCUCUCACUAAAAGUACCACACACACUUUUUUGUGAGUGUAUUUUAAGUCUCUUUGCCCCUCUUUCUUUCUCUUCAACCAUUGGUUCUUCUUAAUCAGCCCUCUCCCUCCUUCAACUUCAAAUAAACACACAAACCAAAAAAAAAUAAAAGCAUGAAGAAGAUCAAUCUAUUACUCAGAAAAUGCAAGAGUUUGUCAAAGCAGCUAGGAAGAUCUUCAUCAUAUAGUAGCCUCAGGUCCAAAUCCGCUAAGGAAGACAUAUGGGGUGGACAUGGCACGCAAGAAGAUGAACAUUGUCAAACUAUAUUUGUUGGAAGCACAAGGAAACGGUACGUGAUCAGCAAAAAGUAUCUGAACCAUCCUCUUCUGAAUGCACUAAUUAACAAGUCAAACCAAAAGGAAAGUGAUGAAAGUGUGGUGAUGGUCAACUGUGAGGUGGUUCUUUUUGAUCAUCUAUUGUGGAUGCUAGAAAAUGCAGAUCCCAAGUUUAGUUCUGACUCUUUGGAGGAAUUGGCUGAACUCUAUGUGUUUUGAGAGUUUUCAAAGUGGUAGAUUGAAAACACCUAAUGUAAUCAAGUAUGUUGGGUUGUGCCUGCAUUUUGCAAAAUGUAAUGGUUCAGAAUCCUUUUUGUUUGCUUUAUCAUAACUUUAUCAAUUAAAUGGUUCUGCAAAUUGUAUAGCUGACUUUUCUCUUAACUCGUUGGAUUUUUCAAGAGACCAUAUACAGGCUUUGCUUUUGUUCAAAGUUCUGGGGUUUUUAAUGAGGAAGGUUCUAUUGCAUUGGCUGACCCUACAAUUAUGUUACUACCCCAGAAGUCCUAAUGGUAUUAGAUCCAACAACCGGAGAACCACUCAUUUUUUUACCCUUAAAAAUAUGGAUUCCUACGUCAAUUAAUCCAUAUAAGCCGUUUAAAGAGUUUGGUAUUUAAGUCAUAUGUGCACAAUAAGCAUGUUUGGAUCUGUAAAUUUUGAAUUAACUUAUUUUGUUUCAAUCGUUAUUUUGUAAUUAAUUAUAGUAGCUAUAAUUUGUAAUUUAAACAAUCAUGUCAUAAU